AUGGAUAGAUCGUAUCAUAGUGGACGCAGGAAGUCGCGAAGAAGUAACUGGAGCCGUGAAUCCACCAACUUGCCUCUUAUACCGGAGAAGCAGCUGCAUUUUGACCACACCAUACCAAACGCCGAAGCCAACGAGUCCAAGAACGACCAGACGGGGAACCUUCAGUACGCUCUGGAGCUAACCAACCCGUAUGUGACAUCGCACCUCCGGACGUCUUCGAUGAUGGACGAGAUCAGACACCGUCGCGAAACAUCCACGAUGAGCGACCUGUACCUACAAGAGCCGCGGGCUCCAAAACGGCGGCAUUGGAUGCAGCAUCCCCAGGCCAGCAUGUGGCAGGAGACGUCCCGCGACGGCGAGGAGCACCAGCCGGCUGCGCCGCCGGCCCAACGUUCCAGCUACAGCGACGACUCUGACUCCAGCGACCAGCCCAGCCCAGACAUGCCAGGCCCCAGUGAUCUGCAUGAGCGCAGUGAAGGGCAGCGUAGACCGCUUCCCGAAGGCGAGCCAGGUCCUCUGGUCACCCGGGUUUCGUCGCCGCAUUGGCCCGUCCACGAGACGCCGAAGCCGUCAUGGUAUCCGGGAUCCUACUCCUACAUGCCAUUUCAACGACCGAGCCGAUCGCUGGCUCCACCAGGGCCGUACUAUUAUGAUCCAACCGCUCCCAAGCAGUACUCGCAGUACGAGAACGAGCGCAUUAUGGAUAUUCCCGGGGACGAGUAUCCAGAGGAAGUUUUGUGUCAAACCUGGACGCCGUCAGAUGUCCAGGAACUCAAGCGACAGGUCGAGCUUGCCGAACGAUUCAAGUGGAAGUACAUCUCGGACCGGCUCGCCGCCAAACAGCACCAUAGAAUUCCGGCAAUUGCCUGCCAACGCAAAUUCAAAGAAAUGUUCGGCGUGGCAGAAGCAAGCAGCAAACUGCGGACCAGUCUAUUCUAUGUGGCCUACCGAUCUGGGUGGCCUACCAUCCGGGACAGUGUGACGCAACUAGAUGCAGAUACCAGGAAACCCGGCAACGGUUCCGAUCCGGCUACGGGAUCGUGA